AUGGUUGUAGCUGCUAUUGUCAUCCUCGUCUUUUCAAGACAUGAACAUCCCCAUGCUCCUUUGUUCGCAUGGAUAAUUGGAUAUACAGUUGGCUGCAUUGCUAGUCUUCCUCUUAUUUAUUGGCGGUAUGUUCAUCGAAACAGACAUUUGGACCAAGAACCUCAGCAGCCACCUACAACAUAUCCUACUUUGACUCCCUCUCAGUCAUCAGAAGGACGCAACCAUCAUACCAGUGGUGUUGUCUUGCGUCUUGGAUGUAUCGCAAUUUCUUGCCCAAGGCUUAGUGUGCUGGUUUAUCACUUCAAGACAGCUGUUGACUGUUUCUUUGCUGUAUGGUUUGUUGUUGGCAAUGUGUGGAUAUUUGGUGGGCACAGCAUUUCAUCAGAUGCUCAGGACGCUCCCAAUAUGUACAGGUUGUGUUUGGCAUUCCUCGCGCUUAGUUGUGUUGGAUAUGCCAUUCCUUUUAUCACGUGUGCAGCAAUAUGCUGCUGCUUUCCGUGCUUGAUUUCUGUUUUGCGCCUUCAAGAAGAUUUGGGUCAAAAUAGAGGAGCUACUCAAGAGCUAAUAGAUGCAUUGCCAACCUACAAAUUCAAACCAAAACGUAACAAAAACUGGGGGAUUGACCAUGCUUCAAGCUCAGAGCAUCUUGAUGAGGGCGGCAUCCUCGGUCCAGGAACUAAGAAGGAAAGAGUUGUUUCAGCUGAAGAUGCUGUGUGCUGCAUCUGUCUUACAAAGUAUGGAGAUGAUGAUGAGCUCCGUGAACUUCCUUGCGCACACUUCUUUCAUGUUCAAUGCGUAGAUAAAUGGCUCAAGAUAAACGCAGUGUGCCCACUCUGCAAAACAGAGAUUGGGGGUGUGGUUCGAUCUUUCUUUGGCUUGCCAUUUGGCCGCCGCCGUGUCGAUAGGAUGGCUGGAAGAGGUGUAGCUAGCUCAAGAUUCAAUGUAUAG